AUGGCCAAACUUUUUGUCGGCGGCCUCUCCUGGCACACCACUGACGAAUCCCUCCGCGCAGGUUUCGAGCAAUUCGGUGCCGUUGAUGAAGCUAUUGUUGUCAAGGACCGUGACUCUUUCCGCAGCCGUGGAUUCGGUUUCGUCCGUUUCGCUGCCGAGGAAGAUGCCGAUGCCGCCAUGAACGCCUUGAACAACCAGGAGUUCGACGGCCGUACCAUUCGCGUCGACAAGGCGGCCGACAAGCCCCCCCGCAGCAACGGAGGCUUCCAAGGUCGCGGCGGUUACAACAGCCGUGGAGGUGAAGACUCUCAGUACUCUGGAGGAGGUUACGGCGGUGGUUACAACUCUGGUUACGGUGGUGGAUACUAA